ACCACAUUUCAUUCCACUAGCACUACGUAGCUAGCUCAUCGCAUUGAGCCAUCAAUCCUUCGCGGCUUCGCGGGUGAUCAUCAGCGGCAGGAGAGGAAAGAUGUCGCAGGGCGCGUCGAGGUGCGCGGCGGCGUGGGCGCCGGCCGAGCGCCGGCCGUUCACGGAGCCGAUGGCGAUCCCGGGGCCGGGGGUCGCCCCGGGCGCGCGGGAGGAGGAGGAGGAGGACGGCGAGGUGGUCCCGCCGCACGUGCUAUUGGCGCGGCGCAGGGCCGCCGCGGCCGGGGCCGGGGCCUCCUCGGUGUGCUCCGGGCAGGGCCGGACGCUCAAGGGCCGGGACCUCCGCCGCGUCCGCGACUCCGUCCUGCGGAUGACCGGCUUCAUCGAGAGCUAGCCCCCAGCCGGCGGCGCAACGCGUCGAUCUGGCUGCCUCUACCUCCUCGGUUAGCUUAGCGUCAAUGCAGCAGCUAGCGUUUUUGAGUCAAUCCUUCAUCAUUGGUUAGUUCCCUUUGUGGAUUGAGGUCAGAAAAAAUUUGAUGCGGCGAGGCAUUUUGCACUCCUUUGUAAAUUCAAAGAAACUGAGGUGAAUUCAGUCGUAGACUGUGGUGUGUUGAUGUAAAAUACUUAAAUACACAUGUGCACCAGUGCAUUCACCAAUUUGAUUCAGACAAAUAUUGGGUUUCUUUUUGAAAAAGGAAGUAACGGAAAUGCCGGUUUCUUCGGACGCGCUUGAUGACACGUUGCUGCUGAUUCAGCGGCGGCCCUGGCCUGGAUGUACUUGGGGUUCUCGACUCGCUCAAACAACAGUACAUGUAGACCACAGGGAGUAGUGCAGUAACUUGCAGGCAAUUCCCAACCGAUAAUUAAUUAUAUAUAUAAUCG